GAGAAAGUAAAACCAAACCAAGAAUGAUCUCCUUAUGAUCUCACAUAUAAUCUUAUUUAUUCACACUCGUGAGAACAGUGUUGAUGUGAAGAAUUAAGAAACAGGAUAAGCAUCCGUGUCAUACAGAGAUGAAGUUCAUUUGUUUGACUGUCCUGAUUAUUAGUGGAGCUACAUAUUCAAGAUCAGAGAACAAUAAUUUCGUGCGACCUGCAGAUCCUGUAUUUGCUUUAGCUGGUGAAGAUGUGAUUCUGCCCUGUUCAGUCAAAUUCAGCCUCAAUGCUGUGGACAUGAGAGUGGAGUGGUCUAGAUCUGAUCGGAACGACUCAGAAGUAGUGCAUCUCUAUGAGGAUCAUGAAGACAGAAACACAAAUCAGAGUCAGUCCUACAGAGGGAGAACAAAACUGAAUCAUGAAGAAUUACACAGAGGAAACAUAUCACUCAAACUCUCAUCUGUCCAAGUCUCUGAUGAAGGACGUUAUAAGUGUUCUAUUCAGUCCGAAUACAGGUCUGGCGACACCACUGUUAAUUUUACUGUUGGAGUUGUAGGACGUCCUCCAGUGAUCACUGUAGAUGGAUUUGAUUAUACAGGACUACUUCGUCUAAAGUGUGAAUCUGAAGGUUGGUAUCCUGAACCUGUUCUUGAGUGGAUGCUAACUGAAACAACCUUUUUGAGUUCAGAAACUGCAGAGACACACAGAAAUGAAAACGGAUUCAGUGUGAAACACACUGUCACUGUAUAUGAGAAGCACCGCAAGAUUCACUGCAGAAUCAGACUGAAGAAUCACAAGCUGGAUACACUGAUUAUCACCUCAAGUAAUAUGUUUCAACUUUGGAGGAAAUCAGCCAUCCAGUUUCCAGUCAUAGUCGGGCUCGGUGGUUUUACUGUAGUACUGAUAGCUGUGAUCAUUCAUAAAUACAUAGUACACAGAAAACUAAAGACUGAGAACAGGAAAAUACACCAUGAACUUGAUGAACUUUUGCAGAGUCAGAGGAUACCAAAAGUGAUCACGCAUUUAGAAACAGACAUGGUGAAUGCAACUCUGGGUGAAGACUCAACUAAUGCAUGUCUCAUUCAAACUAGACAUGGGAGAGAAGUGAUAUAUGACGAAACAGAACAGUAAAAGGUAAAGAUGAAGGCAAAAUUACAAGUUUGAUGAGAAUGAUCUUCAUUAUGAUGAGAUGGAUGGAUGCUCCCUGAAGUGUAUUUUUAACUAUUACACUAUAACUGUACUGAGUGGGAUUUAGCUUUUAGGCUUUUAAUGAGAAAUAGCUCCUGCUUGGUUUAAAAUCUCCUCUGAUCACUGAUAAUCUGUGAUAAUUUCAGAAGUAUUAUCCUGGAAAUUGCUAAUUUGGAAAUGAUUUAGUAAGUGCAUGUUAUAGUAAUAUUAAGCAGCAUAUGAUUUAGGCUAUAAACCUUUAAAUGUGUGAUUAAUGUAUUGAUUUCUGUGGUUCCACAUCUUAAAUUUAUCUGACCCAUAUGGAAAGCACUGAAUUUUGACCAUUGAGGUUAAGGCAGUGUAAAUCUGUAAUUGAUGAUGAUGUAAAAUAUUACAUACAAUAUUAUGUUUAGGUGAUUCAAUUAUAAACUAUGUGUAAUUUUAAAUUUGUGUAAUAAAUAUCUACAAGGCAA